AUGCAAAUUCUGACGACUUUUUCGGUACCGGCAGCUACUCUGGCGACUUUUCGGGCAACGAUCACAACAAACUUUAAAAAAGUCAUCGGAAUUGGCAUAAUUGCUGGAAAAAUUACCAAGAAACUAGUUUCUUCAUCAAGAAAAUUCUUCAUCAAGAAACUGAUUUCUUGGUCAUUUUUCUGACGAUUUUUUCGGCACCGGCAACAACUCCGAUGACUUUUCUAACAACGACAGCUACUCUGGCGACUUUUCCCGUACUGACAGCAAACUCCGAAAAAAUCGUCGAAAUCGGCAUUGUUGCUAGAAAAAUUACCAGAAGAAACCAAUUUCUUGGUGAUUUUUUCGGUAACAAUGCCAAUUCCGAUGACUUUUUCGGCGUUGACAACAACUCCAGUGACUUUCCCGGCACCGACAGCAAACUCCGGCGCAUUUUCGGUGAUCAAGGAUUCUAAUGGCUAAUCCAGAAAAAGGAGUGCUUUACAACAAUAUCCCUUGUGAUUUUCUUGAGGACAUUCUCUCAAGACUCGAUGCCAAAUCACUCAAACGAUGCGAGUGUGUCUCCAAAUCAUGGCUCUCUCUGCUACGAACACCAUAUUUCAUCAAUCUCCACCUACACCGUCAACUGCCUCGUGUUGUUUUCCUCCACAAAAGGAAUAGAAGAGUCUGAGUCUCCAAUAAUGGCUAAUCGUGAAGAAGAAGAAGAAGAAGAAAGUGUGGUUUGCAAUAAUAUCUCUUUUGAUUUACUAGAGAACAUUCUUUCUAGACUCGAUGUUAAAUCUGUGAAAAAGUGUGAGUGUGUAUGUAAAUCUUGGUUCUCUCUACUAAGGACUCAAUAUUUCAUGAAACUCCACCUCAACAGUCAACAACUACCUCGUGUUAUUUUUAUCAACUAUAGAGAAGCAUCCAACAGUCACGACUUAUCAAUUUGUAGUUUGGGUAAUGGAUUAUUUUCUGAGAUUUCCUUAAAUCAACUGCCCUAUUCUGCGAUGGAUUCAUCAUCGGAUGAUGAUGAAUCGUGUUCUUUAUCAUUUAUAGGCAGUGAUAAGGGCAUAAUAGGAAUUUCUGAUAGUAGGGAUAAUAAAUUGAGUCCCUUGUAUUAUAUAUGGAACCCAACUACUAAUGAGUCUAAAAAACUUCCUCCUUUAAAUCUGAUUGAAGAUGAAUAUUAUCGUUUACGUGGGCUUGGCUAUGACCCCUUAACCAAUGAUUUAAAAGUGGUGGUUUUUACCUCUCAACUUAAAAAGGGUCAUAAAAUUGCGAUUUAUAAUAUGAGAAGCAAUUCAUGGAAAGCAAUUACAAUGUCUAACUUAUUUCCAGAAUUUAAAUCUGUUAGGGUUACACCAUCUAUUAGCACGUCCAUUAAUGUUAAUAACUUCAUUCAUUGGUAUAUUUUCUAUAGAAAUGGCAAUACAAGUGAUGAUGAAGAUGAUCCGGAAAUUUUUACAGGAAUAAUUGCUUUUGAUAUAAGUAAGGAGAAAUUUAAUCUUGUAAAGUUACCUCAAGUUGAGAAAGGUAAUAAUGGUGGAGACAUAGCUAAAAUUUUUGGGUGUCUUUCUAUGAUAUAUGUGGAUGAAGUCACAAUAGUUCACGUAUGGGUUAUGAAGAAUUAUGGUGAUUCUGAUUCUUGGUACGAAUAUUUGUCGUUUAGUUUAAAUGAUCUUAUUCUAACUAAGCUUGGUAAAUUUUGUCGAAUAAGAUUUUUAAGUGAUGAGAUUUUGAUAGUUACUUUAUUUUUGACUGGUUAUAUCUGUUGGUAUGACUCCAAGAGUAAGACGAUUCAAAUUAUAAGUAAAAGAUAUCCUGUGAUUGAAUUCACUACUUAUGUUGAGAGCGUUUUAAGGUUAAAUGAGUAAUAAUUUAGUAUAUAUGUUUUAAAAAGUGAGUUUACAUGCACUUUUGGUGGGUUUAUUUUAAUUUGUUUAGUUUUAUUUAGUAUUUCUAUGGUGGACACUUAGAAGUGGACACACUUCUUGUUAGUUAAAGAAGUGGCACACAUUAUAUAUGAUGGGGUGUCACAGUAUAUAUAUUGUAUUUUUUUUUAUUAUUUUAGAUAAUUUUAUUUAAAAAUUUAAAGAAGCUUCCUCACUUAUUUGUUGCAUCUUUUAUACUUCAUGCCACUGGGCAUCUAAUCUAUCAUAUCUUCUUUUUUUUUUUUGGCUGAAAUAUCAUUUUAUUUCUUUUACAAAAAAUACUGUAUUCACCCUAUGCCACAAAAUCAGUAAAAUGUGACUUAAACUAAUUAAAAGUAAUUAUGGUAAGUUUGAGAAAAAUGAAGAAGAAUUUGAAUUCAUCGUCUUCAAGAACUCAGACAAAGUACCUGUCCGACUUGGGUUCUUGUUGUUGUAGUUGCUGCUGCUCCAAAACAAUGUCAUAAUUAAUAAGGUGUUUUUCCACUAUAUACUGAAAUUUUCAAUUUUUUUACUAUUGUGAGGCGAAUUUUUUUUUCAAAAAUACUGUGUAUUGUGUUAAGUUUUUACAGUUGUUCUACGAUUAUUUUUUAGUUAUUCCACUGUUGUUUUAAAUAAUGUAUUAGCAGUUGGAAUGUUUUUUAAAUGUAAAGAUAGUGUUGACCUUCUUGACCAGUUUUUAUAGUUUUGGAAGCUUGAACUACAUGGCACAUGCUGCUCUACUUGAUUUGUUAUGUUGGCUGCUAAUUCUUCCAUGAGCUGCUCUACUUGCUGGUUGGUAAUACUUUUUUGGACUGUUAUAACAUGAGCCUAACUCUUUGACUGAGCUCCUUGAGUAGCUAGCAGAUUGGCCUACUUUGAAUGGUCUUGACUGAGAGUCUGAGACUCCCAGUUAUUGGUGAUCCCUUGAAAAAGUCUACUCUUUGUUUUUUUAGAAUGGUUAAUGAGUUUGUGUUUAUUAGUUCAUUAGAGUUAGGAUAUUUAUAAAAUGUAAAGACAGUGUUUACUUGACCACUUUACUUACAUAUAGUUCUACUUGGUUUGCUUCUAAAUUCUUCCAUUAGCUACAAAUAUAGGUUAGGUAGGUACCUAAAUAUGGUAUAUUCACUUCUAAAUAAAGAAUGUAUGUGACAAGUGACAGUCGAAGAAAAUUAGAGUCAAAUAUUGUAUAAAUAUGCCUCUCUAUGAGGUAGAGCCAGGAGCAGUAAGUUCACCCUCAACAAAGCUAUACUCCCUUUCCGCCAGUUCGAGUUACCAUUGUUGAUCCAAUAUAUUCACUUCUAAAUAACAUUAAUACAUCUAUAUUUACUUCUUGGGAUAGUUUCCUGAUUAAGUUCCUUUAAUUUUUCUGUUUGUUGUUAUUGUUUCCUUGAUUUUUCUGUUUGUUGUUAUUGUUUUCUUGAUGUCUUAGCUUUUCUUUCGUUUGUCGACCACUCUUAGAGUAUUUCUAAUGGUAUAUUAUUUUACUAAAUUAGUAUAAAAUCUUCACAAAUAACAGAAUGUUAGUUGAGAAAGUAACUCACUAAGCUUCUCUUGAC